AUGGCAUUUCAAGGCGCUCGGUCAGAUGGUCUUGGACUAGCGGUUUAUUCACAAAGCCAGGACUUUCAGAGGUCAUUAAGUUCAAUUAAUCCCUUUGAUACGAGACACCGAGGAGAUAGCUUGCUUCUGGAAAAUUUAACCCAUAAAGUUCGUGAUUUACUGCCGUCGCGGACAAGUCAUUUCAAUGAUUCAUCUCCUACAAUCGUCAAUGAGGACUGUUUUGGAACCAGUACAACUAUGAAAAAUGUACACCCUCCUGUCUCGUGGAAAUUAUUGGUAGAUCAAAUAUUUGCUUCAGCACCUUUACUCAAACAUAUGAAGUUUUUGGAAGAAUUUCGAUACAUUAUAGUGACAUCAGCUUUUUUACAUGACAUAGAUCCAGAUAAACUCCGAUUGCAGUCAAGAGAUUACACCUUCAAGACAUCCGAAGAACUUAAUGCUAUCAGAAAUGCAGAUAUAACUUUUCACAGAUUGAACUCAUUGAGGGACAUCGUCACUAAGAAUUAUCAUAUAAAAACAACUCUGCAUCAUUCAGAAUUACUACUUCGCUGUUAUAGAAUUGCCAAGUUACUGAACAGGAAAAUAGACUCGGGAAUUACGGGCUCUAAAGCUCAGGUACUUUCAUUACUCCUAAUUGGACUAUAUUUGACAUUUGAACAGAGGAAUUCCGUUGCAGAAAUACUCCAAAAAAAAGUUCUACAGAACCUCGAUCUAACUGUUGCUGCAAUUCAGGACCUAAAUUCUCUUUUAUAUCGAUUUUAUCUGCGAUAUAAGGAAGAAAUGGCAGAUUCAAUGCUCCAUACAACGCUAGCUCACAAAUUAUCUGAAACAACCACAUUAUCGACAAUAAAGGCUUUAACGAUCUGCGCUAUGGACUCGCUAUACUAUAACAUACAAAUUCAAAUCGGUAACAUUAUAGUAUAUUGUAAUCCAGAAGAUUUAUCCAAGUAUUGUCAUAUGUACUCGUUAGAUUUAAGUGAGUUGCUAUUUUAUAUCGAGCAAGAUGCGAUUGAUAUAGAAGCCAAAUCCACUAGGGUGCGCCUGUUUGAAAAGUUUUUCUUUUGUUGUCUUCUGUCAGUAAAUAAUAUUAAGACUCAACGAGGCACACAAGAACUGCAUCUCGAUACUAACAUUAUGGAGAUGCUGUAUAUUAAAUAUUCAAUAACUAAAGCAGAUUAUUUCCAAUGUCAUGACGAGAUAAACCUUAUGAACAACCUUAUCACAAUGUUAUCAAAUACCAAUCAUUGUGUUAAUUCCGCCAUUUACAAUCUCAAGGAGCAUAAACUACUUUUGGAAUCCGUCUAUCAAAACGACAUUGCGAAGGAUGUGAAAGAAAUUGAAGAAAAGAAUGUCAUGGCAUCAAUAAUGAAACUGUUAAAUGAGCUCGAGCAGAAACUUUAUAUGUUGAACAAAUAUGACGAUGACACCAGAAACAAAUUAAUUUAUGAUAAAGUGCAAGCACUCACAAAGUUAUCCAGAUCUAGCAAACACGUUACUUCUCAAACUCUGAGUGAAUCCUCCAACGUCCCAUCAUCUGAAGUAGCCACGGAUAUCACCGACUUGAAGAAACUACAUUGCUCCAAAUAUCUUAAUGUUCGGGUCGAAAGAAUAAACCUAAACCAAAAAGUGCAGUUUAUUGACGCGUUGGAGCACGAAGAAAACGUUAAUGAUUUAGAUAAUUUACAAUUUUGCUCCUUUAGUGACAAUUUAGCGAAUGCUUCAAGCUUACUUUCCUCCAAAUCGAAUCCCUGUAGGGAUACUACUAUUUUGCAACAUGAAGAUAAUUUUGGAAAAUUGAGUGAUAGGGAACUCGAGAACAGGUUAAAUGAGAAAAUUCGUAACUUUUCAAUAGAAAAUAAGAGAAGUAAGGACCAACUAAGGAUGAAAAAAUCGAUGGAACUGCUGAAGGGACAAUAUACGUCAGUUCUACAAUCUAGAAAUGCACCGCAAGAUGUAGCUCGGAACAUACUCACUUCAGAGGUUAACAUUCCAAUGAUCUAUGAAAUCGAUGAGCUAUUAAACUGA